AUGGAUUUUGAUGUCAACAUGACGCCUAUUUAUGUUUAUAAAUGUCCGGAUUGUGGCAAGACAUACACAUACGAAACGAACUUCAGCCGCCACAGGCAAUAUGAUUGCGGCAAAACCCCUAGAUGUAGGGAUUGUGGCAAAACAUACAAACACAAAACGCAUCUGAGUCGUCACAGGAAGUACGAAUGCGGCAAAACCGCCAACUUUUUCUGUCCAUACUGGGAUUCGAUUUUUUGUGGAACUUGUGGAGCUGUUUUUAAACAUUUAGCCUCACUGAAAUACCAUGUUACGAAUAAUGUGUGUACAAAACCGAAAAAAGAGGAAGAUGCCAAACAGCUGGUUUGUCCUGUUUGUAGCAAACUGUUCAAAGGGAUCACUGCAAUGCAAUAUCACGUAAAAAGAAAAGUUUGUGAACAAGUCAAAGUAUAUUCAGCUCCGCCUUUUCCAUGCAAAUUGUGCGGUACACUGUUCAAUUUAAAACAGAGCUGGUACGUUCACAUGAAGCGCGAAGCUUGUAGGAAGUACCCUGAAAAGUACGGCUUGAAAAGAAACGCAGAUUCGUCUGCAACGUCGACCAACGAGAGCAUAAAAAGUGAAGAAGACAGUCUGGACAGCCCGAUAUAUCCAGAACUGACCAUGACCGUGCCUAACGACGACACUAAUAAGAAAAAUAUCACGUCGUAGAUGAGUGAGAGAAGGAAAGAAAAUAUUUUCGUCAUGUUGAAACUACUGAAUAUAAAGACUAAGGAAAAUACUGUAACAUUGAACUAAUAGGCUUUCAAUCACGAAAUUUUGGUAAAAACUUGAAUUUUUGAUUACUUUGAAAGAUCCAAAAACGAAUUCUGAAAGAUUUUCUAAAUUCACCCCCGAGAAGGCGUGAAAUAAAUAAAUAGAAUUAUUUUUUCAAAAUUUCGGAGAAACGAUAAGGACUAGAAAAAAAAAGUUCAAAUAAAAGUUAUAGAGCGUCAAAUUUUACAUAAAAAUGGUCUCUAUACUUUUUUUGCUCAAAUCAAAAUUAACCGUGAUAGGGUAGCUAGAAGCUAGAGGACAGCUUUUAUUGAAAUAUUUUUUCUUACCGUUUCUCUGAAUUUUCUUUCUUCUACCUUAUUCUUCAUUUGGUCAUUUCUCUUAUUUUCAGCUCAGUGACUUGACGUUAAAAAGUGUUAAAAAUGAAAUACGUCAAAAUAAUAUUUACUAAAUCUUUUAAUUUUCUAAUUCUUACUACAUUUUUUCUUUUUCAGUUUUUAUUUUUUUUUCUUAAUUUUAUUUUUUUAAUUUUUCAUCGUUUUAGUCUAGAAACCCUGUACACUGUAACUAUAUUUUUGAAGUUUCUUUCCCUGAUUCACUAUAAUCUCAGUGAUGUUAUAUUUAUCCAUAUAAAAUAUAUUAACAAACAUACAAGAAAGAAUACAAAAUAAACACAAAAAAAAGUAAAUACUUUGAAUGAAAAAAAAAGUAAAUAAAAAUGGAUUCCAUGACGGCUCUUCCGUUUUUAAUAUUAAUUUAUUUGUUGUUAGAACAUAAAAAUAGUAUUAAAAUGAUUCCUUAGUCUUUAUAUUCAAUAGUCAAAAUAGUCGAUAGUCAAGCUUUUAUAACUGAAAUGUCAUCUUUUUACAAAAGGAGGAUUACAUAGUGGUAAAAAAUUGUAGAUAUUUUAGUUAUAGAGGUGGACUGUGUAUAGUUACGUAAAAACAUGGCAGUACUAUUUUUAGAAUUACCAAACUCAUUAGUUUAAACUUGAUCAUAUACCAGAUAUUAUAAGAAAUAUUCUUCAAUUCGCAAAAAGUCACGUACAAUCUCGAUUUAAUUAUUUAUCUCAUCAUAACCUAACAUUUUACCCAGAAUCUUAAAUACGUAACAUUAUUAUGUUCAAUAGCACGGAAUGUAAUAACUAAUCUUAUUUGUCCUAUACUAAUAGGUUUUAUAUUAAGAGGUGUCAUUCGAUUUCAUUUCAGAUUAAAAAAUAACAAAGUUGUAGGGGUGAGCCAGUUUUCAGACGCACCCGGUAUAUUAACAGACGUGUCUGUAUUUUAAAUAGUUCUUUAUCUUUUAAUCGAUACCUCUUUACUUUCCCCUGGACAUUUUUUUGCGAAUAACCGUAAUUUUAUUUUAUUUAUGUCUUGUAACCGUUCGUUUUUAAUUUUUACCAAAACCACAUAGACUAAUAGCCUUAAGAUUGUUUCAUGAAGACAUUACCAUACGAUAUAACUUUGUAGCUCUAAGAGACAGCUGUAUUUACUUUUUAUAAGUUUAUUUUAACGUUGUAUGUUAAUUUUAAUUUUCUGUUUCGUAAUCAUCAGUAUCUAAUUUUAGUUUUUAA